AGGACAGGCUGCUCCACCAGAUAUUACCAUCGAGCGUUCGGUAGAGAUGGUGAAUUGGAGCGGCACGCAAGGCGUCACCACCCGGCGGCUCUUUCAGCCGGAGAACGAAGAGCAGCUGCAGCGGCUCAUUCGCUGGGCCUCUCAAGCGAAGCAGAAGGUGAGGCCAGUGGGGAUGAACUUGUCGCCCAACGGUUUGGCGCUGCAAGAGGGCGGCAUGCUCUCCAUGACAGAGCUGGAUGGGAUCAAAGGACACCCCACAAAGCCAAGACGAGGGAUCGACAAGGAGAAGAACACCAUCACCGUUCAGGCCGGUGCGCGAGUCUCCCAAAUCCUGGCGGAGCUGCAGAAGCAUAAUCUCACCUUGGAGAACUUCUCCUCCAUCACGGAGCAACAGAUCGCUGGAUGGACGCAGGUGAGCGCCCACGGCACUGGUGCACGCAUCCCGCCGGUGGACGAGAUGAUCACGUCAAUGACUGUAGUGAGCCCAGCAAAAGGCCUUAUGACGCUCAGAGAGGGCGACAGUUGGUUUCCCUGGAUGCGGGUGGCACUUGGAUCGCUGGCCGUCGUGCAAGAAAUGACCCUUAAGGUGCGGCCGCGCUACAUGCUGCACGAGCGGACGUAUUGUUGCAACUACGCGGAGCUGGAGCGUGACCAUGCCAAACUCCUACAGACCUACCGACAUGUCCGCUACAUGUGGGUCCCCUACACCGACACCAUCGUGGUGGUGGUCUCCGACAUUGCCAAGCCGGGCGCCAAAGCUGUGCCCGCACUGCCGGAAGAACGCCGCGUCGAGCCCUUGAAGCGGCUCUUGCGUGAGAUGCAGCCAGACUGUGGCAGCUUAGAGGGCAAGAACUUCGCAGAGCUCCGAGAAAAGCUGCUGGUCUUAGAUCCUUUGAACCCGGACCAUGUCGCGAAGGUCAACCGCGCGGAGGCUGAGUUCUGGCGGAAGAGCAGCGGCGAGCGCAUCGCCGAUAGCACGGAGGUCUUAGGAUUCGAGUGCGGUGGUUCGCAAUGGGUCCUAGAGAACUGCUUCCCUUGCGGCACCAUUGAUUCACCAAAUCUGAAAGACAUCAAGUACGUACAAGAGAUGAAGGGCAUCAUCGAGCGAGAGCGGAUUGCAGCUGCUUCGCCCAUCGAACAAAGAUGGACAUCAAGGAGCAGCAGUCCAAUGAGCCCGGCAUACUCCAAGGAGGCCAAUGCGCUUUUCUCUUGGGUGGGCGUGAUCAUGUAUAUCACCUCCGAAGACCAGGCACCGGCCAUCAAAGAGAAGUUCCGGGAGUUUGCCAUGCGACAUGCUGAUUUGACCUUCAAGUAUGAUGGCUUUUUCCAUUGGGGCAAGGUGGACCUGGCCUUCCACAAAGGGGACAGACGAAAAACCUUGCAGGAGAACAUUGCCAAGAAGUUCGAUGUGAAGGAGUUUGCUGGAUUGAAGAAGGAGCUCGAUCCCCACAAUGUCCUGGGGAAUGACAUCACGGAUGCCGUCCUUUGGGGCUAAUGACCUCAGAACACACUCUUCGCUGAAGAGUGACUGGAUGAUCAGUCGAUCAGCCAUAUCAAUCCGAUAAUGCAAUAAAUGGUCAGGUGCAG